ACAGUUACCUUAUUUUAUAAGCAAAUUCCCUGCAUCAAAAUCAAAAGGAAUAAAAUAAAAUCAGUCAGUUUUAAAAUAGGUAUUCGAGUUGGAUUGGAUUCCUUUCCUCUUCACAUCUUUUUUAGUAUUUAAGUAGGAAAUUAAGUUUAAUUUGUGGUAGGAAAAAUCUAUUGUUAGCAAACGAUUAUACAGAUUAAUAAACUAAUAUGCUUUUAGUUUAAAAUUAUUAUGACGUAAAUGUAUAUUCAGCAAGCCUUUUUUGGGAAGAAAUUAAAUACAUGUAACAGAAGGAUAUCUACCUAUCAAAUCCAUGUAGGAGAAGGAUACACAUUUGGAAUAAUAUAUAUAUAGGCAAAAGAAAAAAAAAAAAAAGAACCCAUUCUCAUUCUCAGUACUCACAUACCCUCUGUUGGAUCUGAGCUCACACACCCAUCUGUGUAAUGGAAAAUCUAAACCCAAUGAGGCAUAUAACCAAGUGCAGAAGAAAGAAUUAUCAUCAACCUUUCAAGUAUGUUCCUAAAGAGCUUCUGACGGAAAUUCUUGCUCGAGUUGCCUCCUCAUCGGUUACUGAUCUCGUCAAUGCCAAAGCAUGUUGCAAGGAGUUUCUUGAAGCUGCAUCAGAAGAUUACAUUUUUGAGCGUGUAACGCUCGAUUCCUUCCCUGUCAUUCCUUGGAAGAUCAGCUAUCGUGUCUCUUCUUUCUUAGAGAGGUGCAAGAAGAGUGGGAACCCAGAAGCCUUGUUUAGACAAGGAAUGAUUGAUUUCUUUAGCGCUUUGAAACAUGAUUCUGGUCUCAAAAUGUUAGAGAGAGCAGCAAGCAAAGGGCAUGUAGAAGCUACAUACGUAUAUGGCAUAUUACUUGUGUGCCAUGGUGCUGAACUUAGAAACAAGGGAGUGAAGCUACUUUCUGAUUUGAAGAGAUCAAAAUCAAGCUUGGUUAUCACAGAAUGUAGAAAGAAAGUGCAAAGAAUUACUUGGGGCAUGUGGGUGAACAAUUACGUGGUUGGAAUUGGACCAGCACAAGAAGAAGAGUACAUGAAGAAGAGAAAGACUUGCAGCUCCUGUAAUUCUAAGUUAGCAAUGUGUUCUUUUACUACUGAUCAGUCUAAACCUAGAGCAGGAUGGACUUCUUCUGAUGAAGAUUUUGAAGAUGACCCUUUCUCUUGUGAUUCUUGUUUAUGGGACCUUGAAGCAACUCUCUUUUGUAAGAGCUUAAGAAGCGGAAGCUAUAGACUUUAAGGAUUAUUUUGAAAAAUAUGUAUUAUUGAUGAAAAGUAAAUUAAUAGUCAUUGGUACCUUGGUAUACUCCCGUUUUCUACAUUCUCCAUUUUUUCGAACACUGUGAUUCUAAUAUUGGUGCCGUAUUUCGAUUUUUCCUUAUUGAGGUUAUCUUGUUGCUAUUACAGGUCUUGGUAAAUUAUGCCAGGUCAU